AUGUCUUACCUUAUACCGGAAACUCUUUUACAAUGGCCGUGGUCACGCCAGCAAAAUGUUCACGAUGCCGAGGUCGGACCCGAAUCCACAUUAUGGAUACAAAGCUUCAACGCGCUUGACGCGAAGUCUCAGCGCGCGUUCGAUCUUUGUGAUUUCAAUGAACUGAGAUCGAGUUGCGAUAUGAUGCACCUGUUCUUUAUGAUUGACGAGCUCUCCGACCAGGAAACGGGUCCUGUUGUCCGCGAGCAAGCAGCAAGCAUCAUGGAUGCUUUCAGAAAUCCAUACGCUCAGCGACCCGCUGGCGAGAGCAUUCUUGGAGAAAUCAGCCGCCAAUUUUGGGGCCGAACACUUGAGCGCGCAAAGCCAAGCGCACUCACUCAGCAAAGAUUCAUUGCGACGUUUGACGCUUACACGGCUGCGGUCGCUACUCAGGCCAACGACCGCGACGCAGAUUUCGUCCGCGAUAUUGAAAGCUAUCUUGCUGUGAGACGCAACACGAUUGGAACGUAUCCUUCAUUCGUUUUCCUCGAGUUGGGAAUGGACCUUCCCGAAGACGUUCUCGAACAUUCCAUCAUACGUGACAUGCAGCGGUAUAUAAGCGAGCUGAUCGCCGUCUCAAACGACCUUUAUUCAUACAACAUCGAACAAGCGCGUGGUGACAGUGGACACAAUGUCCUGACAGUUGCGAUGCACGACCUCGGGACGGGCCUUGACGGCGCCAUUAAAUGGACGGGUGAGUACUGUGAUAUUCUCGAACGGAAGUUCAAAGAUGCCGCCAACCAUCUGCCAAGCUGGGGAAGGGGCAUCGACGAGCAAGUUACGCACUACGUGUCUGGCUUUGGGAACUGGGCGCGUGCUAACGAGGUGUGGAGCUUCGAGACGCCUCGGUAUUUUGGCAAGGAAGGCCGUGCUGUACAAAAGAACAGGAUGGUAAUUCUCCUUCCCAAACGUUUUUGA